AUGGAACUGUCACCAAGGCCUAGCCGGUCCUCGUCGACCUCGUCCCGCCGCGGCAUCAACCUGACGCUCGACCUCUCCAACCUGCCGCCGCUGGAGCAGCCCACGCCGCCCUCCAACACGCUCCUCUUCACCAACCUCGACAACAUCGACAUCUUCCGCGCCGACAAGCUGCAGUCGCUGCGCGACCUCAUCAACCGCACCGCCACCAUCCACGCCUUUGCGCCGCUCAAGUCGUUCCGCCGCAUCGUCGUCUCCUUUUACGACGUCGAGUCCGCCAUCUCCAUCCGCAAGGUCUGGGACGGCGAGGCCAUCAUGGGCCACCGCGUUCGCAUCUACUUUGGCCACAACACCUCGAUCCAGCCCAAGGACGAGCACCUGGCCCUGCCCGACGCCGGCAAGCUCUUCUUCAUCUCCCCACCCCCGAGCCCACCCCACGGCUGGGAGGUCCGCCUCGAGGACGCCCCCAACAAGAUGGUCCACGCCGACGACCUGGCCGAGGCCCUGGCCAAGCUCGGCGCCGGCUCUGGCGGUGGCGCCGCCGCUGCCGCUGCCGCCAUCAGCCGCGGGAGUUCCUUUGACUCGCCGAUUACGCCCGUCGACGGCGCCGCCAUCGGUCGCACAAGGAGUCGCAGCUCCACGCUCAUCUACCGUCCCGACGACAACGGCAGCAGCCCUGGCCUGCCGGCCGUCUUUGUCGAGGACAUGACGGAUGAGCCCGAGGAGAUGUCGCCCUUGGAAGCGAAGCCCAUCCCGGCGCACACCUCUCGACCGCCCGUGGAGCUCAUGCAUGAAGCUUGA